UUAGUGGAUCGGUGUUUUAGGGUUUUGAUUGGCAAAUUGAAGAAAUCCUGAUCUUAUAUUUGUAAGAUGUCAAACAAAUCAAGAAAUAAAAUGUUUUUAUUGUGCCUUUAUUUGAGAAGUAGUACAUUUUCACCCAAGGCAGGCAGCAGUGAGGUUUUAGAUGUUGUGGCCCCUUUAAGAGCAGCUAGUGAAGCGCUCAGUGCUGUUGGUGCUGCUACUGCUGCUGAUGGCAGCGCUGCCAGUUGAUUGGCUGUGGCUGUCAGGGCUGAGGUGCUAGAGGGAUGCUGCUACGUAUCUCUCUUCCCCCCUCCCUUCCUGCCUCUCUCUCUCUCUCUCUCUCUCUCUCUCUCUCUCUCUCUCUCUCUCUCUCUCUCUCUCUCUCUCUCUCUCUCUCUCUCUCUCUCCCUCUCCCUCUUGCUUGCUCGCAUCCCUCUGAAUAAUCCACAUCUAGGGCAAGCUGGCUGAGAGGCAAUCCAGUGCUCAGCUCCUCUCUGCAGGCUGAGAAAAGAGACAGAGAGAGUAAGACAACGAUUUUCAACGCAGGAGGAAAAACGAGGACAAAGACUACAUGCCCAUUUUGUAUUUUUGUUUUCCUGUUGCUGCAUCCCGUCCCUCUCAAUCAUCUCUUUUUUUUACAUUCGAGAGGAAUAAAGCGGAGGGCGACAGGAUUUGACGAAAAGGGAAAAUCUGUAGAAAUUCCUGUGAUUAGUGUUAUUUCCAUCGGCAUUAGUGCUCUGUGAGCCGAUCACAGCGUGCUCUGUGAGAUCUGAGGAGGCAGCAGAGACAGAGUGCCACGCCGCUCAGCUCAGCGUCAGCUCAGCCAGCACAGCCAGCAUGCACAAACACCACCACUGCUGCAAGUGCCCAGAAUGUUAUGAGGUGACCCGUAUGGCUGCCCUGCGUAGGAUGGAUGCCCCGUCAUAUGGAGGAGACUGGCAGGCUGAGCCCUAUGGAUACCCACCUGGGUAUGGGGGAGGCCAAACCUUACCCCCUCCAGCCUCAGGGGGAGGUGGAAGCAUGGGAGGAGGAGGGGGCACUUUAGGGAGAAGUAAGGGCAAGAUUAUGUCUGGUGGGGGCCCUGGAGGCCCCAACCCAAAGGGCCAAUCCAAAUGUGGCCCCAAAGUAAACGGCAACAACUCCAGUGGACAAGGAGGAUGGUGGCCUGAAUGCACCUGUACCAACCGGGAGUGGUAUGACCAGGCCAACCCUCCCCCCAUCAUCGUCAACGCAGACUCACUAGAUGCAGGCCCUUAUGUAAAUGGCAGUGAUGGGAUGUACAAAUAUGAGGAGAUCAUUUUAGAGAGGGGGAACUCUGGCCUGGGCUUUAGCAUUGCUGGAGGAAUAGACAAUCCCCACAUUCCUGAUGAUCCGGGGAUCUUCAUCACCAAGAUUAUCCCUGGUGGAGCAGCUGCUAUGGAUGGAAGGCUGGGGGUGAAUGACUGCGUGCUGCGUGUAAAUGAUGUGGACGUGUCUGAGGUUGUGCACAGCCGGGCAGUGGAAGCCCUGAAGGAGGCGGGGCCAGUAGUGCGACUCCUGGUCCGGCGGAGGCAGGCGCCUCCUGAGACGAUUCUGGAGGUCAACCUGCUGAAAGGGCCCAAAGGGCUUGGAUUCAGCAUUGCCGGAGGGAUUGGCAACCAGCAUAUCCCUGGAGACAACAGCAUCUACAUCACCAAGAUCAUAGAAGGAGGAGCUGCCCAAAAGGAUGGACGGCUGCAGACCGGGGACCGCCUGCUAGCUGUGAACAACAUUGUGCUACAGGACGUGCGUCACGAGGAGGCGGUGGCAGCACUGAAGAACACCUCUGAUAUGGUUUACCUCAAGGUGGCCAAGCCGGGACCUGUGCAUCUCAACGAUAUGUAUGCUCCUCCAGACUACUCCAGCAGUCUGGCCCUCCCUCCAGCCUUCCCCACAAUGGUGGACAACCACGUCAGCCACAACUACAUGGGGGCAAUGGAGCCUAAGCCAGUGUACCCACCGCCCCAGGUCACCCCGUCCAGGUACUCGCCAGUUCCACGCCACAUGCUGGGGGAGGAAGACUUCACGAGGGAACCGAGGAAGGUGUUGCUGCACAAGGGCUCCACAGGCCUGGGCUUCAACAUUGUCGGCGGGGAGGAUGGAGAAGGCAUCUUCGUCUCCUUCAUCCUGGCUGGAGGGCCAGCUGACCUGAGCGGCGAGCUGAGGAGGGGCGACAGGAUUCUCUCAGUGAAUGGAGUGAACUUAAGGAAUGCUACACAUGAGCAGGCAGCUGCAGCACUGAAGAGAGCUGGACAGACUGUUACCAUCAUUGCCCAGUACCGGCCUGAAGAGUAUAGUCGCUUUGAGUCCAAGAUCCACGACCUGAGGGAGCAGAUGAUGAACAGCAGCAUGAGCUCAGGAUCAGGCUCCCUGCGCACCAGUGAGAAACGCUCCCUCUAUGUCAGAGCUUUGUUUGACUAUGACCGAACGAGGGACAGCUGUCUUCCCAGCCAAGGCCUGAGCUUCUCUUACGGGGAUAUCCUCCAUGUCAUAAAUGCUUCUGACGACGAGUGGUGGCAGGCGAGGUUGGUCACACCACAUGGAGAGAGUGAGCAGAUUGGGGUCAUUCCAAGCAAGAAAAGAGUGGAGAAGAAGGAGCGGGCCAGGUUAAAAACAGUCAAGUUCCACGCCAGGACAGGCAUGAUUGAGUCUAACAGGCCAGUCAAAGUAAAGCGCAAAAAAAGCUUCAACCUCUCACGCAAGUUCCCGUUUUACAAGAGCAAGGAGAAUAUUGUGCAGGAGUUGGUGGAGUCUGAACAAUGCCUGACAUCCAACACAAGUGACAGUGAAAGCAGUUCGAAGGGCCAGGAGGACACAAUUCUCUCCUAUGAGCCAGUCAUUCGACAAGAAAUCCACUACACAAGACCUGUCAUCAUAUUGGGCCCAAUGAAGGACAGAGUAAAUGAUGACCUCAUCUCUGAGUUCCCCCACAAGUUUGGCUCCUGUGUACCCCAUACGACUCGUCCAAGGAGAGAGAAUGAGAUGGACGGCCAGGACUACCACUUUGUGGGCUCGCGGGAGCAAAUGGAGAAAGACAUUCAAGAUAAUAAAUUCAUUGAGGCAGGCCAGUUCAAUGAGAACCUCUACGGGACGAGCAUCUUGUCUGUGAGAACUGUGGCUGAGAGGGGGAAACACUGCAUCCUUGAUGUGUCUGGGAAUGCCAUAAAACGACUGCAGCAAGCACAACUUUAUCCGAUUGCCAUCUUUAUUAAACCAAAAUCCAUUGAAGCCCUAAUGGAAAUGAAUAAGAGGCAGACGUACGAGCAGGCCAAUAAAGUCUUUGACAAGGCAGUUAAGCUGGAGCAAGAUUUUGGAGAGUUUUUCACAGCUAUUGUACAGGGUGACUCACUAGAGGAGAUCUACAACAAAAUCAAGCUAAUCAUUGAGGAGCAGUCUGGUCCCUACAUCUGGAUCCCCUCCUCUGAGAAGCUCUGAGCUCCCUGCCGUCCCCUCUGCGUUGGUGCAGAGCUCCCCUCCUGCCUCCCAGAGACCCCACCCAAGCCCAAAUAGCCCCCCUCCUCACUUCCUUUUUGCAGAUAUGUUUCAUAUCAAGUUUUAGUGUCAUCAUUAUGUUACUCUCUAAAUGAAAAAGAAGUCUUAUCACCAUUACUGUGACUGUGCACACCCCUGCAUGAGUUUCUCAACAAAUCCAUUCAAGACUGGAAAUGCCAUUCUAAAGGAAUUUGUCAAAUGAAAACAAAAGGGAAAAGGAAUAAAAUCCUUUUUGUAGACUGGGACUGACUGAAGAUCAGAAUGUUUUACAGAAAUCUGGACAGAGGAGUUGGGAUUCAAAAGAAGUUGCAGGGGAACAGAGACAAAUCAUACCAAGUUGGAACACUUUGUAAAUGUUCAUCAAAUCACAUUUAAAAAGACACGCAAGAUGAAAAGUGAAGACCAAUUAAGGGUUUUUUGGGGUUUUUUUCUAAAAUGACUGGAUAAAAUCUAGCCCUGCUGAUGGUACUGUUCAAGGAGUCAUCUCUUGUUUAUAAUGACUGAGGAAAUUAUUGGAGGAGUCUACAAACUGGUGAUCUAUUUAUCACAAACCAGCUUGCUGUUUGGUCGUCUGCCAGUUGUCUGUGCUGCAGCCGAUAAAGACAUCAUGGGAGGCAGAUCAAGAGGAAGAAAUGCGUUGUGAAUCUCUACAUUUAUAUUAUGAAAUCACAAGAUAAAUGAUAAAAUCCUACUGAGAUUUUACUACAUAUUAAAAACUACACAUUUUACACUUCACUAGAAUUGUCAAUUUGGAGGGCUGUUAGAUUUUGUUUUUCCUUUGUUUAGUUUUUUUGUUUGUUUUUUUUUCUUUUCUUUGUGGGAUUUUUUGCUUGUGGUUUUUAGCUGCUCUGUGUAAAGGAUGGGGGUAGAGAAGUGUAACUGGGCUCUCUGCAAAACACCAAACUGCCUUACAUCAAAUACAAAUUCUGUUUUGUGACUACCUGUUGUCUGUGAGGGAGGCUGCACACAAUUGACAAGGAAACGAGAGCAAACCUUCUCAUCUUUCCUUACUUUUUGUGUCCUCCAACUGCCAGGAGGCCUAACUUGAGUGCAAUAGAUAAAACAAAGUCUCACCUCUGUGGGCGCCUUUUCUCCCCUGUAUUUCAGUCUUUUUCCUGUGUAAUUAAAGACCGAUUUGGCCAUUGGAUUACAAUUUGGACAGCCAAAGCCUCCUAACUCAUGUUGAGCAGCAGACCACCCUAUUACACUCUCUGCCUUCCAAGAGGAUUCUCUUCUGAUUGAAUGGUCACAUGGUACUGUCCUAUCUGCCGCCAUGAUGGUGGCCUUAAAACGGGUAGAACAAGACAAUAAUUGUAUUGGAUGUCCUAACAAUUAAAGAGUCAAUAUAACCUGUUUUGGAUUGUGCCCCUACCAAAAAAACAACACUAAAGUUGGGUUUGAUUAAAGCUAUAUGCUUUGUGUAUCUACAAACGUAUGAAUUCUUAAUGAAUCUGUUGUUGGCAGAUGCUGAACCACUGUGUUGAGCUCCUAAGUGCGUCUGGGGUGAGCUAGACCAGCUCAGGAAUCUAAACGUACAGAUACCAUUUCCCCUGCGACUGAAAGGCUGUGUUUGGGCGAUGACAUAGUUCACAGCAGUCAAAUGUGAAAAGUACUCAUGGUACUGUCGCUUUUAAAGGCAUUUUCAACUGAGUAGUAUAAUCAGGUUGUAUUAUGUGUCUUCUCUUUUUUGUGAGGCGGGGAGCUUGUUCAAGGCCAUCGGUGUGGUAACCUUUGAGUUGGCUUUAUGGCAUCACCGGGAUUGAAAUGACCUGCUCCACCCUCCCAUGCAGAUCUUGGCGCUGUAUGUUAAUGUGUGCAUGCGAGAGGGCACAUCUGAAGAAGGAAUACUGUCGCCCCUGAUCCUGUGAACGUUCUCGCUUUUCUUCCUCAACUUUUUUGAAGAGUGCAAAGGGAUUUUUCUUUUCUCCUCCUCAGAGAGCCAGACCCAACAUGAAGUGGUAACCUAGACCUCUGGGUCCCCUGCUCUCUCCCACCCACAGAGCACCUGUACCUGCAGGCAUUUUCUGAACAGGUGUGCCCACCUGCCAGGCACCACUGCUAAACCAGCUGUCAUUACCUGUGUCAAAACCAGAGUUCAGGGAAUAACCGAAGGGAACAGAGCCAUUUAUAAACUGCUUGCAGACUGUUUCAAAGGGUGUGGUAGCUGUACAAUGUAAAUAAGCCCCCAGCAGAUCCCCCUCACCUGUGCUUCAUGCAUGUGUGAAUCAAACUGGGACAAACAUGUUUUAUAGACCACAAAUGUCAGGUAAGUAAAGUUUGAGCUACUCUUGAGAUAUAAUUUCCAUACAAAUGUGCUGUAUUGUUGGUAUUUCUCUUCAAAUGCCUAUUGGAACACUAACUAGUCAGUUGGGAAUUCGAUUCCCUAAAAUAGGGCCUGUCUACAUGUGAUUUCUUGUGGAACGUGUCUGGGUGUAUAGAUUUAAAAAAUAUAUUGUAAAAUAAUUCAAAAGAGAUGCAGGCAGAAACCUAGACAAUAUCACAGAAACCAGGAGCAUUGAUCAAUACACCAUUUAGAAGCUUAGAAUUGGUCCUCUCUGGUGUUAGUUGAAAUACAGCUGACUGUUAAUGAUGUGUGUGGUAUUCAUACCUCAGUCAGCCAUGUCAAAGCCCAAAGAACUUGAUUUCAUUUUACUCUUUCCAUUGAGGUUGUGAUAUAUAACAAGAUGGAACCUGAAUGCCUCUGUGUGUGUAUAAUUGAUGAGGGUCUUUGUUCUGAUGAGAGAAAUGAUGACAUAUAUACUUUUAUUUUUUGGGUGGGGGGGUCAGGGUUCUUGUUUGUACUUUUGGGUGAUGAUGUUUAUGUUAUAGCACAUCUGUGCAGUAAGUGCUUGCAAACAUGAACCCUUUGAUUGUACAGUAGUUUCCUUCCUGUCACUGCAGGUGGUACAGCCUAUCAGGACACUUGGCCUCAUGGUCUUCCCUGUCCUAGUCAUGAGGGAACACAGUCCUGCUACUUUUGUUUGGGUUUUUAUUUUGGGACUUGACAAGAGUUUAUUUGUUUGAGAAUAAAAUAUGUG